AUUGACCACAUCAGGUCGAAGACACACCUAUGUUUUCUCUUAUUGCAUAUUGUUUUCUUAAGCUAUAAUUGUCUCGUGGAUGCUCAUGGAAGACUUAUAGAACCUCCAAGCCGAGCGUCGGCUUGGCGGUAUGGGUUUCAAACACCACCAGAUUAUAAUGAUCAUGAAUUAUACUGCGGAGGCUUCACCCGUCAGUGGAAGCGAAAUGGUGGGAAAUGCGGAGAGUGUGGAGAUGCAUGGGACUUACCUGAGCCACGACCCCAUGAAAAUGGAGGUCAAUGGGGGGCAGGCUGUAAUUGUUCGAAGCUAUUUUCCAAGCUCAGAAAUAACAAUUCGCGUGGAAUUGACGGCUAGUCACAUGGGAUACUUCGAGUUUAGGUUGUGUCCAAAGCCAAGCGCUAAGCAGUCAUGUCUUGAUGAAAAUUUGCUAGAGAUAAUUAGCGGCUCACCUUUAGUGCGGAGUACAACAGACUUAGAUACUCGAUUCUAUCCUCGAAAUGGCAGUCGCAUUUAUGAAAUUAAAGCUCAAUUGCCUGAAAUCUUAUGCAAUCAAUGUGUUUUGCAAUGGCGUUAUGUAGCCGGAAAUAAUUGGGGCAUUUGUGACGAUGGCAAUGGAGCAGUUGGUUGCGGUCCCCAAGAAGAGUUUCGAUCAUGUUCAGAUAUAGCAAUAACUACAGAUGCACGUCUUCCAAUUCGUCCUGCUCGACCCACCACUCGGAUUACUACACAUCAUCAAAGUCCCAAGAAAGAUCAAGUUGAUGCUAACAAUGUUAGUGUUAGCCCGGAAAUCUUCAUUACCUGCCUUGCACUAAUAUUACUUUUUAUUGGCAUUUUAAUAUGGGUUGUCUAUAAAAAUUAUCCACAUAGGGUUGCAGAAUGGAAGCAAUUCUUAUUAAGAAAGUUAUGCAAGAAAGAUGAAGUUAAUUCGUCUAGAGUUAUUCAAAGCCCUACCAAAGCCUUUAAUACUAUUUUAUCAAUCGAUGAUAUUGGAAAAUCUAAAGAUAACAGCAGGGGGGAUCACUUGUCAAACUUACAAAUUUCCAUUACACCAAUUCCACCACCUCGCACAAAACGGGUCACACGUGUUAAAGAAAACACAAACAUUUAAAUACUUCUUUUAGAAAUGUUUACCUCUCUUACCUAUUAGUAUUCCUGCGCAUUUUUUUAUUUGUAGUUAGUAAAAAACAGUAAUUAUUGUAUACAUCGAAUCGAUAUCUUUAUUGUACAUCUAUGGUAUGCAUCUGCACUUAAGGCCGAUGUCAAAGUGCGCGCGAUCAGAGAAACUAGAAAAUGGCAAACUGUGAUCGCAUCGCUUCUCACUUUGACAUCUUUCGAGUGAUAGCAUAUGAAAAUAUGUAUGUGCAUUGGUUUAUCACUCGUUUUCGCCCAAUAUUAUCGCAUGGCUUCUCGCGCGCACUCCGACAUAAGCUUAACUUUAUUAAUUAGAAUUUAGUGAUAAGUAAGCAAAAAGACUUUUAUUUUGUAGAGUUGCUUUCAUAUAAUUUGAUUA